GCGGCACAAGGUCGACCCCCUUUGAGCCCUGUGCUGCGCACGCGUUAUGUCAUUUGGUCAAAAAACCAAACUUUCGUUGAGGAUGUUUUUUGACGAUUUGGAAAUAACAGGGGUGGGGAUGUGAAAGCCAGCAAUGGGCAGUUCAAUCCAAGCGUGCUCUGCAGACAUCAACUUCGCAAGGAGGUCGACGUUGAAAGUGUUUACCGCUCAGCAGGCAUGGUGUAAUCGUCAUAUAAAUUGAUAGAUCAACAGUUGCCCUCAAUCUCUCCUCGCCCUAGUGGUUUUUCAUACUGUCAAGCUACCAAGACUCCACAAGCAUCAGCACCAUGCAUCCCACCUUGAUCUUGCUCGUAAUCUUCAUUUUAACUAUCCCUCACAUUACAUCCCAUUCUCUUCCCAUCCACCAAAGCGACGACCAGGUUCUCAAACUUUCAGAACUAUCAUGGACUGUCUACAACGUGAACAAAAGUAUCAUCAUACCUGCUGUUGUGCCAGGACAAAUUCACAUGGAUUUGCUGCGAGCGGGUGUGAUUGAGGAGCCCUAUGUUGGGAGCAACGAGUUAUAUCAACGUUGGAUAGCGUACGAGCCAACCUGGACAUAUACUGCGGCGCUUCAUAACCUAGCGGCAUGGAAUCAAUACAAAAAGUACUAUCUCAGAUUCGAUGGGCUCGACACACCUUGCAAUAUCACCAUCGGCAACCACCAUAUUGGCACCGCCGCAAACCAGUUUAGACAAUGGGUUUUUGAUGUGACAGACGUGCUUCACAAAACCCUCAACAGAGACGAUGCCAUCAACAUCACAAUCGCCUUUCGGUCUCCAGUCAAGUACGCACGAGAGGUCAGAGACCGUUCCGAGGUGUUCCCCUCAGUGGCAAGGACGCAAUAUGUUUUUCCGAAUCGAGAGUAUAUUCGGAAAAUUCAAAGUGAUUUCGGAUGGGAUUGGGGCCCGGCAUUUUCACCAGUUGGUAUCUGGAAACCAGCCUACCUCAUCGGCCUCGGUUCAUCUUGUGAAACGAUCGGCUGCAAUUAUCACGGGAGCGAAUUUGUGCACGAACUGAACACGUUCAUUGAUAUCUAUCGGAAAGGACAGAUUCCCAAUCUCCCACCCGACCAAUCAGCACCAUGGAUCGUCAAUGUGUCAAUCUCCCUCGUUUCUUCGGAUGUCUUUCAAAACCCUUCCAUGGUCCUUUCGUUCCCUGAACUCGGAAUCACGUCCGAAAACUUACGAGUGAACCGCAUCAAUGUCGGAAAGAACUACGUGGAUGCCCAUAUAAUCGUUGAGAAUGAUAUUCCGCAGCUUUGGUGGCCUUGGACUUUGGGCAAACCGUGUCUGUAUAACCUGACAAUAAAGCUCCUGCCUUCGCCUACGUCUAGACCCUUGAUCUACUCCAAACGCACAGCAUUUCGUACCAUCGUGCUCAACCUGCUUCCGUAUCCAAGCCCUCAAACCCUUCCUAAUGGUGGACCCUACACCCCAGGCGACCAAUUUCAUUUUGAAAUUAAUGGAAAAACCAUAUAUACCAAAGGGUCAAACUGGGUUCCUGCGGACUCAUUUCAGAGCCGUAUUAGUAGUGAGAAGAGAUGGAGGCUCCUGACCAAUGCUGUUCAGUCGAAUAUGAACAUGAUUCGGGUCUGGGGAGGUGGACUGUACGAAGCCGAUGAGCUGUAUGAUUUUGCGGAUGAGCUGGGUUUAUUAAUGUGGAGUGAACUGCAGUUUUCAGUGUCGCUUUAUCCCACUGACAAAGCAUUUGUGGAGAAUGUCAUUCCCGAAGUGGAGUACAACGUUCGCCGUCUAAAUCGGCAUCCUUCCCUUGCUCUCUGGGCAGCAAACAAUGAAAUUGAAUGGUUUGUCGAAAGGGUGAACCAAACAUUCCCAAACAAUGGAACACAUUACCUUGACGAAUAUAACUAUCUUUUUGUCGAUACCCUUCAACACGUGGUCAAAUCCAUCACUCGUAGCAUCACUUAUCUUCAUUCCUCAACGUCACAAGGAUACCUAUCGGGCCCGGACCCCUGGAUUGCAAGAUAUUUGAAUAAAACACAAGGGGAGUUGUAUGGGAGUAGUGAAAAUUGGAAUUUCAGAGUUGAGGUUGCGGAAGAUGUGGGGAGGUAUCCAACGAGUAGAUUUGUGAACGAGUUUGGGUUUCAUUCUAUGCCUUCUAUUCAUUCGUGGGAUGAGGUAUUGGAAUCACCAGAUGAUUUUCAGUUUAACAGCACGGUGAUUGUAGCACGUAAUCGCAAACCGCCAGCGGGAAGCACUGAAUGGCCCAACCCCAAUUCUCCACAGGGCAUGGGCGAGAUGACCCGGGCCGUAAUAUCACACUACCCAAUUCCCAACCGAAGCAAUCCCCGCGAAAACUUCACCAUGUGGUGCCACGCCACUCAGCUUUUCCAGGCUCAAUUCAUGCAGUGGCAGAUUCAGUAUUACCGACUUGGUGCGGGUCGACCAGAAAAUAACCUUGGAUCCAUCGUGUGGCAGUUCAAUGAUAUUUGGCAGGCACCGAGUUGGAGUGGUAUUGAGUAUAAUCUUAGAUGGAAAGUAGUCCAAUAUCAUAUCGCCCGAGUAUACCAACCUGUCAUCAUUUCCCCAAUAUACAACAUUACGUCCAAAUCACUCUCCAUAUACGUCACUUCCGAUCGUCACUGUUCCGUCACUGGGACGGCAAAGAGAACCUGGUACACAUGGACAGGCGAGAAGAUAUCUUCCGUAUCAACCGACUUCACUGCACUUGCGUUGAAUAACUCAUUGGUGUGGCACACAACGGGGACAGGCGAUAUGGUGCCACAAGGAUAUCAUGUCAGGGAUGUGUGGUUGUUACUUGAAGUAACGGCUCAGGAUAGCGAGGGGAAGGAAUAUAAGCAUGAAAAUUACUUUACACCUGUAGGCCUGACAUCCGCCAACCUCCAGAACCCACAGCUAACGCUUACACCAAGCACAACAAACAGCAAUACCAUCAUCAUUAAGUCAAAGGGCGGUGUGGCCGUUUAUGCAUGGCUGGAUCAUCCGUCAUGCCUUAAAGGCCACUUUAGUGACAAUAGCUUUUUUGUCAUUCCGGGCUUCCCGCGCGAGAUUUCUUUUGAGGCAGGGGCGAAUAAUUGCGAGGGGGACUGGAGGGAUAACGUCAAGGUAUAUAGUGUGUGGAAUUACAAUCAUGAAUAAGGUAGUGCAUGUUGCGUAAGUAGAUAUAAGAGGACCUGAGGAUGGUUAGUCUCGUUUUUUCAUGUUCGUUGACUUGACGAUGUAGUCGCGUUAUUACAUGAUCCUUAUCGUAACGAUCAUCUGGUACCUUCUGGA